AUUUUAACGCCGUUCACUUUUCACUUUCCAUCCGAGCAGAAGAAGAAGAAGAAGAAAAACAAACUCUCUUAAAUUCUAAAGUCAAAAUUUCCAAGUGAAGAGCUGGUGGUGUGGUUUUGAGAUCCGACGUCAUCAUAGAAAUCGGAAAAAAAAGCCUCCGAUCAAUAUUUUAGCAGAUGGAGAAGGCAUUGAGUUUGGAGAUAGAUGACUUUUCGAAGAAGAACAAUGUGGUAAAGUCCGAUAAUUUCUCAAGUGGUGGCUGCGAAUGGUUGGUUAAGGUGUAUCCCAAGGGAUACCGUUGCUCUGAUCACUUGUCUCUGUUCCUACACGUUGUGAAUCCUAAAUCAUUGAGACGUGGAUGGAAAAGGAGAGCUAUUUAUUGCUUCGUUUUAUCGAAUCAAUCCGGCCAAGUUCUAUACAGAUCACCAAAUGAAAGCAAGUGCCAUUUGUUCUGCGCUGAGGUCCCAAACUGGGGUUGCCAGAAGACGUUGCCUCUUACCGAGCUAGGGUUCCUGGAAAAGAACAAAGUAACCGUUGAAGUCUACAUCAAAGUAGUUGAACUUGUUCAUCAAGGAAAAUCAACCGAGAAUGAUAUUAUAGAUUUUAAUGGUUUCCAAAUCAUUGCUUCUCAAGCUUUUUCAGUGGCCAAUAUUGUCUCACAGGACCCAUACUUUGUAGUAGAUUUCAAACCGGAGAACCAAUGGUUCCAAACAAAGUAUAUGUAUCUCCUUGGCCUCGUCGAGACACUGAGCAAGUCUCCACAGAGCUUGUCUGCGACUGAACUAAGCAAUGCUCAAAGAGAUUUGACUGCACUGACUGAAGCAGGCUUCAAGCUCGACUGGUUAAAUUCAAAGCUUGAGGAGGUUUCCUUGGAGUGGAAGAAAGCAUCACAUUCUGAUGGAUCUUCUGUCCAACAACUCAAGGAACAGGUCAAGAAUGUGGAAUUGUCUUUGUUGGAUCUCAUAGUUGAACUGGAGAAUGUGAAGAUUAAAUCUGCUGCUGCUGCCAAAGUUUCUUCGUUUCAGUUUAUAGAUUUUCUUAUUAAAAAAUUCUUUCUCUCUUGCUUCUCAUUCUCAAAAUCCUAGCUGAUCUAUGUCUUAUAGAUAUAGCUUUGAGGCGUUUCCAUCUAAAUAAAAAUAAUUGGUCAAUGCAUUAUGAUCCCAUUAACAUUGAGGAUGAUUAUAUGUUUGAGCUCUUAUGAAGCUAGUAAUAGAAUAUGUAACAGUUUUUUGUCAAAAGAAUAUAAUAAUUUUGAAAGAAUUUUUGUAAUGAUA